AUGCACAGGAAACACCUCCAGGAAAUUCCAGACCAGAGCAGCAAUGUCACCACCAAUUUCACAUGGGGAUGGGACUCUGGCAAGACUUCUGAGCUGCUGUCAGGCAUGGGGGUCUCCACCCUGGAGAAGGAGGGAGCAGACAGUGAGAAUAUCCCCCAGGAUCUCCUCUCAAAUGUGAACCACUCACAGAGCCCUUCAAGAAAGCGCCUAAAAAGCAAAGAGAAUGACAAGGACUUUGUGAUUGCCCGAAGACAGAAGCAAAAUCGAGAGAACUUUCCAGGUGUUCCCUGGAACACCCUCCCAGAUGAGCUGCUCUUGGGGAUCUUCUCCCGCUUGUGUCUCCCCGAACUCCUGCAAGUCUCCUGUGUUUGCAAGAGGUGGAAUCGCCUAGCAAUUGAUGAGUUUCUGUGGCAGACCAUAGACCUCACAGGUAAAAGUCUGCAACCUGGUGUGAUUAAGCGGUUGCUGUCUCGAGGGGUGAUUGCCUUCCGCUGCCCACGGGCAUUUGUGAGCCAAGAACCAUUAGUUGAACAUUUCAGUGUUUUUCGUGUCCAGCACCUGGACCUCUCGAACUGUAUAAUAGAUGUUCCUGCCCUUGAAGGCAUCCUGUCUCAGUGCUUGAAGCUGCAGAAUCUAAGUCUGGAAGGCCUAGAGCUUUCGGAUCCCAUUGUCAACUAUCUUGGGCAGAACUCGAACUUAGUGCGGCUAAACCUUUGUGGGUGUCAUGGAUUCUCUGAAUUUGCACUGCAGUCUUUGCUGAACAACUGUUUCAGAUUGGAUGAACUGAACCUCUCCUGGUGUUUUGACUUCACUGCAAAUCAUUUGCAAAUUGCUGUGGAGCACGUAACAGAAACCAUCACCCAGCUGAAUCUUAGCGGCUACCGGAAGAAUCUUCAGCAAUCAGAUGUCUGUACCUUAAUUCGAAGAUGCCCCAAACUUGUCCACCUAGACUUAAGUGACAGUGUCUUGCUAAAGAAUGACUGCAUGCAGGAAUUUCACCAGCUCAUCUACCUCCAACACCUGUCACUUAGUCGAUGCUAUGAUAUUAUACCUGAAGCUUUACUUGAACUUGGAGAAAUCCCCACAUUAAAAACACUACAGGCUUUUGGAAUCGUGCCUGAAGGUAUCCUUGAAGUGUUGCAGGAAGCGCUUCCUCAGAUAAAGAUUAAUGGUUCCCCUUUUACUACCAUUGCCCGGCCGACUGUCUGUGAACAAAGGAGCCAGGAGAUAUGGGGCAUCGAAUGUCGGCUGUCAUUGCACAGACCUAGCUGCCCCUGA